GUAGCUCUCAAUGUUUCUGAACCAGCCGUCAAAGGAAAAGACAGAAGAACAGCGUGCAGCGUUAGUUAGCAUAAACAGCUACCAUAGCUGUGUUUACCAGACGUUUGAGGAAUUAGCAACCCGGCAAGAAAACCUCAUCAAAAGAAAAAAGAAGUCCGAUCUGCGAACACGAUACUUCCCAGUGUAGGUCUCCUAUCCUGAAGCUCUCAGUUCAUCUAGUACAGUAACACUGUAGCACCACUGGCAGUCCUGUGACCCAAGAAAAUAAUGUGCUGCAGCUGAAGAUGGGGGGUAGCGGCUCCAAAUCCAAAGGAUUUUGGCCUUUUUCUGGCUCAGGUAGUGGUGACGAUCCAACCAAAGACGGAAACGGGCAGACACUGACAAGAGUUCGAAGCUUCCCAGGUGCAACACCUUUCGUGUUUACCAGACGAAGCUCUAUGUUCUUUGAUGAAGAUGGUGACUUGGCCCAUGAGUUCUACGAAGAGACAAUUGUGACAAAAAAUGGACGGAAAAAAGCCAAGCUGAAAAGGAUUCACAAAAACUUAACAGCUCAGGGAAUAAUAAAGCUGGACCACCCGUGCAUCCAUGUAGAUUUCCCAGUUGUCCUCUGUGAAGCCUCACUGAAUGUCUGACGAGUGUCUCAGACUAGUCACUGUGUCAACUCCGUCCUGUGGUUUCCCUUGCAGAGGGAAUCCUGAACCACCUUUAAAAAUGACAUGAUCUCUUGAUAUGUUGAUGCCCUUUUGUGGACAGGCUGAUGUAUUGCGUGCUGAGCCUCUGCAUGUGAUCUGUUUUUGGCUUGUGUGCAAUUAAGACACAGAAUAGGUCACUAGUGGGCAUCCAGAAAAGUGCCAAGUUGGCAAAAACCUACUCAGUUUACAGAUCAUGGUUUGUGUGCAUGUAAGUGUGAAUGUGUGUGCAGACAUGGGAUGAAGCCUGACAGAGUCCUGACGCUGCAGAUUAUCCUCUGGUAUGAUUAAUUGAACUCAAGGAGUUUGAGGACUGUGUUACCAGUUCAUUCCGCUGUCAGUGCACACUUUAGUUUUCUGACAACAUUGUGACUCGCUUUAUUAUGCAUGGAACAGGAUCUGCUUAUAGGUAACAGCCUAGGGAGUUGACAAUCAGUGGCCCACAAAAUCUAAAGUGGAUUAAUUUGAUAUUAAUACGUUGGAAGGACUGACUUCAGCGACCUCAGAGCCACGCACAUAUACACAUACAUGUAUACAUUUAUAUGUGUAUACACUCAGCAGCAGUGAGUCUAAUAAAAGAUCCUGUUGUUUUCUUUUGGCAAAGUAUGUUUCACUUUUAAUUUAUUAUGACUGUUUUUUAAUUACAAAUUGAAAUGCUGACCCCUG